AAGAAAAAAAAUCUUUGUAUCAGUGUUGCUCUUAGAUUGUUUCUGGCUGUAAUAAAUUAAGCUGACUUUUUUCCCCCCACUGUUAUUCCUGAAAAUGGCUUUUCGAUUUAAUUUUUUUAUUGAUGAAAUUGAGAACAAUGAACCAGACACUCAUGAUAAGACGGACGCACAGCUCGGCUCUCCAAAAGACAAGCAGGAAUCCAAGGAAAAGAGCAAGCAAACUGCUGAGACCCUAGCAGACUCCAGCCCAAGGCUGGCUACCGAUAAGCACCAAGAUGAGACACCAUCAGAGAAAACAAUCUGCUUGAAAGCUGCCAAGGAGCACAAGAUACCUGAAGAUCUCAACAAAGUAUUGGAAAACAAGGUCGUGGAAACAGUGUCUGACCUGUAUUACGUAAAUCAGUCUGUAGUGGAAAUGAUGUGUUUGGAUGGGGCCGACGAAGAAGGCAUCGUGUCUAAAAGCGUUUCUUCUCGCUCUGAUCUCAUCCCAGGAGUCUACGAGGGAGGACUGAAAAUCUGGGAAUGCACCUUUGACCUCAUAGACUACUUUUCUGAGGCUGAAAUACAGUUUACCAACAAGAAGGUAUUGGAUCUUGGCUGCGGGGCUGGACUGCUGGGAAUAGUUGCAUUAAAGGGAAAAGCUGGAAAAGUCCACUUUCAGGACUACAACAGCACAGUGAUUGAAGAAAUAACCUUGCCUAAUGUGGUGGCUAACUGCCUAAAUGAGGGCAAUAGGGUGGGCAACAGUGACGACAGAAAGACUAGCAAGCCUCCUUCGAAGAGGCUCAAGAAAGCAGAGUGCUUACCUGACAUGCUCACCAAAUGCAGAUUUUUUUCUGGAGAGUGGUCUGAGGUCAGCAAGCUCCUGUUAAGCAGCAGCAAACCCUUUUCAAAGUAUGAUAUAAUUCUCACAUCUGAGACCAUCUAUAAUCCUGACUACUACAGUGCUUUGCAUGAUACAAUGGCUCAGCUCUUGGAUAAAAACGGCCGCGUGUAUUUGGCAAGCAAAGUAUAUUAUUUUGGGGUUGGCGGUGGUAUCUACCUCUUCGAGGACUUCGCUGUAGAGAGAAAUGUGUUCAGGACCAGCAUAGUUAAAGUAAUUGAUGAAGGACUGCAGCGAUGUAUUAUGGAAAUGGCCUUUAAAGAUUCCAGUUAAAAUUCAACCAUUGGUCCUUCAAAAAUACCUUAAAGACAAAAUGUUUUAAUCUUCGUAUCUCUUUACUUUUUCCUCUGUUGAGUUAUUCUGGUUUGACACAUUAAGGAUGCUCAUUAUCAAAAUAUUUGACAAAUUAGGAUGUCUGACUAGAAAUGAAGGAUCAGAAGAUUCUAGUUUUGCGUAAAAAAAAUGGAGUUCUGCUUAAACCACCAUCUGCCUAUGCCAAUUAAUUGUCAUUUAUAUGUACAAGUCACUGUCCCCAGUCCCCCUCUCACAUUCUUUGGCAGUGCCAGGACUGUACCUCACAGGAGCAGCUGCUGAGCACAGCCUGAAUGAGAUCAUUUAGCAGACUAAUGUAGCACAAGAAGUGGUUCUCAAGGGUUAGGCUCCCAAUUUGGAUAUGGUUGAACUGCAGCAACAGCUUUCUGAAUCGACUGUGUACUUAUGUGCUCUGCUGCUUCUCACCAGAGGGGGGGGCGAUUGUAUUUAUCACUUGUGUUUGAUUCCGCUUGCAAUCUCACUCAUCUUUGUAAUGUUUCAUAUGUAACACACACAUGACUUUUAUUCAAGCCUUUGAAAAAGUGUACCAGAGAAUAUUUACUACUACAGUCUGUGAAUUUUCACAUUCAGAUUUUGACAUACCACUCUUUAAGACAAUUUCAGUGAGUAAUUGGGGAAAAGCCAAACUGUUUUUAGAAAUGAAUAAAACUGA